CAAGUUAUCGAGAUGUUUAGUUGAAGCUGAAGCAGCUGGGUUCAGAGAAGAGAAGAAAUCUUAUCCGAGAGUUAGUUAGUUAUUCCAACCGUUUGUAACUGAAAUCAAUUUAGAGUCGUCGAGUGUUAAACCUCUAUAUAUAAAGCGCCUGUGUGAGAAAUGGGAUUAAGAGUUAACUAUUUCCUUUGGUAUUCUUGGGUUACAGAUACAGUAGAGAGGAAUUUAGUUUCUUUUCCGUUUCUUCUUUUCUCAUAUCGAUUCACAGAGAGAUUGAGAGAGGAGAGAGUAUUCAAUUGACGAUUUCAUUCAUUGAAUCGAGGUUCUAAUCGGUUAGAAUCUAAAAUCGGCGACGGAAUUGCAGAAGUUACAGAUCCAUGGGGUUCAGCGAUUAAGUCCCUCGUGUUUGCUUCAAGGUAACUUGUGUAUUUGCUAUGCUGUGUGUAGAUAUCCUCAAGUUUCGGGUGAAUCAAUUUCUACGAUCAUUAACGCUGUUUUCUUCGGGCUUGUGCAGAGUUUGGCGGGUUCAGGGCUCGUAUAUAAUCAGGUUUCGUGCUACGUCGGAAUCAUGGCUAAUAAUCUUCAGGACGUGAUAGAUGAUCCAGAUCUUGAGGAUGUCUUGAUACGCUCCAGAACAGAGUGGUUGGACCAUGAGGAUUUAAGGAACAUACUCGGCAAACGUGAAGAUUUACUUACCUCUACUGUACCCGUCCCAUUCCCUGAAGAAGGGUUAUUUCUUUUUGAUGUUGAUGAGCAAGAUGUGCUAGAUACUACAGUCUGGGACUUAACCAAUUUUAACAAAAUGCAUGGAGACUUCGACAUACGGUAUAGAGUUGACCAGUGCUUUUUAGUUCCCAUUAACGAGGGAGUCAGCAGCACCUAUGAAAGACGAGUCUACAAAUGUGAACAACUCUAUGGGACGUACCGGGUGGUACACUACAGACGCUAUCAUAUGAGUGACGACAAUGAUUACGGUCACAACAGUGGUGAGGACACUGAAGACUCGCAAAAUCUUGGCAACAGUGAUAAUGACUCUAGUGAUGAUGACGGCAGUAGUAAUGAUGAUGACGGCAGUAGUGAUGAUGAGAGUCACAGUAGUGAUGAUGAAUCUGCCGGAGAUGAUAAUAUAGAAGCUCAUGCUAAUGGUUUUUGACUUUUUGUGCAUCCGGUAUUCCAAAAGUGAAGGGAAAGAUUCCAUCUUGACCAACAGAUUUUUUUCUUGCAAGUAAAGAGUUGAAUUUGGAGAUGUAAAAACUCUUUUCAUUUUUACCAAGUUGGCUUUUUAAUAAUAACCCUUUCC